CACACUGAGAGCCAAUGUGGAGGUAACCGUGGUCACUGUUUCCCAGAGGACCGUCUGGCGGCGAGGGCCAUUAAUUAUAAGAGACAGGGAGACAGACAGCUAGCCAGCUCACCAGACAGACAGAAAGACAGACAGUACCGCAGAGAGCGCAGACAGGCCUGACAGGAGCAGGCCCAGACAAAUACAAAGAGAGGAGGAAGAGCAGCACGCACGGCCAAGAAAAAUAAUCCUCCCCGUGUAGCGAGUACAGCUAUCAGCACCGCCCCUGCUUCUCUUCCUGCCACUGGACUAUGAGUAAAUACAUUCAGGCAUAAUAACCCUUUGUCAUAAGAGAAAGAAACGCGAUUUACGACGGAGAUAAAUAAUUGAAAAAAAUGCGGCUGUCCGACUGCGCAUCCCUGGGAGUGAAUAGGGAAUUGCUGCGCCAGUGUCCCGGCUGAGAGACGGAGCCGAUCUUACCCAACAUAAGCUCCUGAGCUUUUCCCCCCGUGUCAUUACACAAUAUCGCUGCCAAAAAAUCAUCGUUUCAAACAUGUGUGCAGGGAGACAGAAUAAAAGUUGUGAGUUGGCCAAUGCGCCCCUGCGUCGGUCCCAUCCAGCAGAAGCAUGUCCCGUCGGAAACAGAAACGACCCCAGCAGCUUAUGAACCUGACCCUCGGUGCCAGUCGGAUACUUGAGCAUGAUGACAACUUGGCAGUAAGGUCAAACUCCUCUUCAAUUAUCCUGGAUUCUCCCUUAUGCUGUCCAUCGGCCUCUCUUCAAAGUUCUCAGCUGCCUGUCACUCUUCACUUAUCAUUCAAGGGCUCUCAGACUCCUCCUUUACCCACUGACGGUCCACCGAGAUCCUGCUCACCAAUCCAGCCUUCCCACCAGCCACUCAAAGACCCAAAGCCCUCCCUCUCUCCUGACUUCCCUUACUCAUCUCUCUUUUCCAAAACUCAGCAUUCACCUGCUGUUCAGCUAUCUGGUUGCGAUCCUACAUCUCCUGCAAGCGCCCUCAUCCACCCUUCCCGAAGUGCACACAUGGCUUCUCCCAAGUUAGGGCUGUCAGCCACUACCACCACCUCCUCUUCCUCCUCAUCGUCCUCUGCCUCCCUGUGUCCUCCCCCGCACCCUGGAAGCCCCAGCCGUGUGCCUGAGGGCCCUCCAAGUCCUGUUACACCCACUCCCAGCCCAGGAGUGACAUCUGCCUCAGCUGCACCCUCUAGAGCCCAGCUAAGCAUUGCCCUAAUCCUGGAAGAGCUCCGGGUGCUACAGCAAAGACAGAUCCAUCAGAUGCAGAUAACAGAGGAAAUCUGCAGACAGGUGCUACGCCUUGGUGGAGCCUCCUACACUAUAGACACACCCUCCCAGCAUCUUCUCCCUCCACUGCCCCAGCUCUGCCUGGAGGGCAGCAAGAGGGCAGCCAGCCCAACUACCCAGCCAACUGCACCUCAGCCAUCCACCUCUGUAGCUCCUCUUCUGGCAUGUUUCUCCUCCCUGCUCCCUUCUCAGGGAGCAAACAAAGCCACAAAGCCAAGUAGUUCCUUGUCUCAAAUCCUCCAGCCCCACAAGCCUCAAAUUGAAGGGACAGGAGGGACUGCAGGGGCUCAUGGUUAUCUAAGAAUGAGCUCUCGAUCCUCAGCUCCCUCCACCUCUUCCUCUGCUGCUGUCUCCAUGGCCUCUUCCACUUAUCCUUUAGCUUUGUCGUUAGCACUGCCCAACCGCUAUCUUCAUGAGAAAUCUUCAAAUACCACAUCAGUUAGUGGCCACAGUGGCCUGUCCUUCCUAAACUCAUCCCUUCCCACAUCAGUAUCUAUGGUCUCAAACUCCCCAAAUGCUUUGCAGUCUUUCUCUGCAGGAACAGACACUUCCCCUGCUUCUAGCUCCGCCACUACUGGCCGCCUCCAACAUGCCUGCCGCUUUUGUGGAAAAAUGUUCAGCAGUGACUCUUCCCUACAGAUACAUCUACGCUCACACACAGGGGAACGACCCUACCAGUGUCCAGUGUGCCUCAGCCGCUUCACCACACGAGGCAACCUCAAGGUGCAUUUCCUUCGCCACCGUGAGCAAAACCCAGAGCUCUCACUUUCGCUUUUGCCACCAUCUUUGUUUGGGGUAGCAUUAGGGGCCACUGCAGGAUCAGAAAUGGGACAGACCAUGACUAGUGGUAGCAGUACUAGUGGCAUGAAUAUGAUACAAAAGAAGCCAAAAGGCAGGCCUGAGGAUGAAACAUGUGGAGAUAAUGUGGAGGUCAGUGGUACAAGUGCUGGUUUUUCUCUGGGAGCCUCUGGAGGAUCUACCCCUUCUACACUACCCCUGCCCCCAAGUGUAGACCUAGCUUUGAUUUCACACUCUCUUCUGCAGCUGAAUAGGGCUGCAGCUGUAGCAGCUGCAGCCUCUAUGACAUCCGGCUCAUCCCACUCAUCCUCCUCUUCAACCUCCACUGCCUCUCUGGCUACCUCCCUCCUCUCCAACCCUUCCCUGUCUUCGUCUUCCACAAUCACAGGCUUAUUUAAGGGUGCCAAGCAGCAGCACUUUGAUGAAAAUACUCCCCCUCAUGUCCCAAUGCUUUCUCCUGCUGCCUAUUCUCAGCUAGCCCACCUGCCUAAGCUCCUUUUUCCAGCUGUCUCCGCUUCUUCCUCUACCCCUGCUGCACACUCAUCCCUCUACAACCAUCCAGCCUUGGGCUUGCUACGCACCCCACUUCCCUCUACUCCAAACUCCCACCAACUUGCUUCUUCCAGCAAUUCUCAGCUUUCUUUCCCUUUCUCUUCAUUUCCCAAAGUCCCAUGUCCACCUACCACCACUUCAUCCUCCAUGGCUACCACCACUCCUACAUCAGAAACCUCCAAGCUGCAGAGGCUGGUGGAGAAGCUAGAGAAGGCCCCCCACUCCUCUUCUCAAUGGACUUGUUCCCCGUCUUCCUCCUCCAUGCUGGAGAUGUUAUCAGGCAGUGCCACCUCCUCUUCAAGUUCAGCCAAUAGUCGUUUUACAAAUGCCAGCACUUCCACUACAUAUGUCAUGGCAUCCCCACCAUCUUCGACUCUUGCUUCCACUUCUGUUUCAAACUUCACUCCUGAGAUGAUUGCUGCCUUAGGCAUGAAUGCCAAUGGUGCAAGUGCCAUGACAGAGGGCUUGUUACCAUCACUAAGCAUCACAGGUCCAGCUGGUAACUUGACUACUAAUCAGUGUGGAGUGUGUCUACGGGUGCUGAGCUGUCCCAGAGCACUGCGUCUGCAUCAGGCUACACACCUUGGAGAACGCCCUUUUCCAUGUAAGAUAUGUGGCAGAUCCUUCUCUACCAAAGGCAGCCUGCGGUCACAUUUGGCUACCCAUCAUGCCCGACCACCCAAUGCACGAGUCCAGAACUCUUGCCCACUGUGCCAGCGUAAGUUCACUAAUGCCCUAGUGCUCCAACACCACAUCCGUAUGCACCUCGGCGGACAGUUGCCCACAGAUGGCACAGAGGAUUCUGCACAUGAGAUGCCAGCUGAAUCUAACGCUGAACCCUUGUCACAAUCUCACUCUCAGUCCACUGACCCAAAUACUGUAUCUAGUAAAACACCUCCCCUAGCAGGCCACUCUAAGAGCCCAACCCCAAGCUCACAAUUUCCCACACCAGCAGUUGGCACAGUCCCUGUAUCUGGCAGUACAAAAUCAGCCGGGUCAACCAAAAAUCCCAGCAAGUCUGGAUCUUCCAGCCCAGACCUUAUCCCCCCUGCUGACCUUAGCCCUGACCCCUUCAUGAAUCCCACUACACAAACUCCACCACCAGGCAGUGUAGAGCCCCCUGUCCUUUGUGUCAGUGCCCCCUUACCAGCCUCCCAACAGACAGCUCAUGCUUCCCCAGUUGGCAAAGACAACCAAGUUGAACAACAAGCCAUGGCCGAUGACCACCUUCCUAAAUCCACCCCCCCACCAGUUUCCUCCUCUGCUACCAAAACCACAGCAUCAUCGAGUGCUAUGGUAGUGGAAUGUAAAGAGGAUGAAGCAGCUACCUCUUCAGAUGCCUUCCUGGGCUCCAGAUCAAACCUGGAGGACUUCCAAAGCACACCUACCCUUAGUGACCCCUUUGCUUACACCUGUUCCGGUACCUCCUCUGAACUCAGCCUGAAUCAAGAUGUGUCUAAUGUUAAUGCAACACCAACCUUGGAAUCAGAGUCAGUCUCCCCAAAGCCCCAAUUACCAGAACCUAUGGAAGAAGACAAAGAUCAGUCUUCUACACCAGCAACACCAAAGCAAGACCAAGCAACUGUGCCUGACGAGGACCCAAACAUGAAGUCCACUUUGGAGACUGCUGACACUAUUUUUGCUGAAGUAAGGGGUGCAUCACAGAGAGCUGCCACUUUGGUAAGAGAGACCCGUCAGAGCUUUCAUUUUGGUUCAUAUGGAAGGGAAGACCGGGUGGAAGGUGUGAAGAUUAGUGGAUUGGCUCCUGUUGAAGCACUGGAUGGUUCUGUCCCGAUCAACCUUGCCCCAACACUUCCAUCUCCUAUGUCUCGUCCUGAGAAGAAGACCUAUUGCUGUGCCGAGUGUGGAAAAGAGUAUGCCAGUCGCAGUGGACUGAAGGGGCACAUGAAGCACCAUGGUGUGCUGACCAAAACAACACGUCCACCUGCUAGGGCUAGCCGUUCUUCCACUGACCAACUUCCUUCUUCUACAUCUAUGACUUCCUUGAACAUUCCUGCCACAAGGAGCUCAGCAGGCUUCUGGAACCAGUACCAAGCCUUCCUCAAUACCAGUAACGCACCAACUGAUGACCCAACCCCUGGCAGCCAAGGAGAGAAUGAGUCAGUACGGUCUUCAAAAUCACCCUUGAGAUCUCAGAUGGAUCCAAGAGAUCCAGAGGAAGCAGGGGAAGAGUCUAGUGAGGGGUCAUAAAUCAACUCUGCAGAAUUUCCUGAAUAGCGUUCUGGUGUUUUCAAUCAGUGUUUACCUUUUGGUGAAACUGUAUGAACAUUUGCGUAGUACUGCUUCCUUAACACAUUUUCAGUAGCCUGUCAGUUUGAUAGUCAGAGUAAUAUGUUUGUAUGUGAAAGUUGUGAGUCAAUCAGCUUGGUCUUGUUGUGUUAAAAGACAUCUGAUGUAAAAAUAAAAUGAAAAUAGUCAAGAAGCAACAUAGUCCGGUUUUGCUGGAUUUGAUGAAAAGGUACCUUUGUUUGGCUUAAGUUGUUAAUAGUUUGAUGCACAUUCUAUAAAAAAAGUAUCCCUGUUGUAUCAAUGUUUCAUAUCAGACCUGGGUCAAAUAAUUAGGAUAUUUUUAUGUUUUUAAUAACAGGGAUAGAUGGAUAUGGUUUACAACAUUUGAACAAAUUUGAUAUUAUUAGCUUAUGUGUGAGUCACAGGAUGGUACACUAAAAGAAUAAUUACAAGUAAUUGUAUGUCCGUAUGUAAAACUUUCAGUACUCAUUGUGUUGUGCCGUGUACCAAAUCUGAUCCAACUGGCACCAAAGGAGGUUCAAGCUAACCAAUAUUAAUUUCUUUGCAAUGCUUCCCGACCUAGGUCUGUUUCAUAUCUAGAAGAUUAUGUCCUUUAGUCACAGAGGGAACUGAUAUAAAUGAGGAAAUUAGGAAAGCAAAGUUUUGCUUUGUGAGAGCACAUAAGGCCAACAAACUGAAUAUGUUUCUGUGGGGAAUAUUGAGUCUUUUGUCCCCCAUCUUGUGGUUAAGAUAAACUACUCACUCAUGUCACUGUGAUUUACUUUUUCACUAUAUUGUCCUGUCAAACCAGAAGCACAGCUGCAGUGUUUGUGAACCCAGUGAGGACAUGGUCUUGUCUGUAACCGUUGACCUUCAGCUUUGUGAAUAUUAUGAUUGUUGUUUGGUUCAAAAGUAAUCUCUGUAACACUUUUUCAGUUACUAAAACUUUGAAUUGCUAUAAAUAUAUAUAUAUAUCAGAAGUCUAUGUCUGUUUGUUGUAAGCUGUACUUUCAG